UAUUUCAAGAUAGAGGUCAAGGUCAUCUCUAUUUAUAAAUUCUUUUCACUGUUAAGCAUCAUGCAGAAGCUAUAAUACAGCAGAACGGCUCGAAGUAAAUAUGAGAUUGGCCGCCGUUAUUCAAAAUCUUGACAAGUUACAAAAUUCCAAUGAUCAAUGGAACGAAGAUGAAACUAUUCAAGUUAGAAACUGUUUAACGAAAACUCUUCAAUAUAUUCGAUCGCAAGAUAAGGCUAAUAGGGAUUUUCUGGCAAAAAAUUGUAAUAACUCGUUAAACAUUCUACUGAGAACACCAAAGUUGAGCGAGGAUGAAAAAAUAACAAAGUUAACUGUGGACAUUUUAGGAGAUUUAAUUUCAUCAUCCGGCUCUUCAAGGCUAGUUGCCUUAGUUCAACAAGGAGUUACCCAAACAGUUUUUACAUAUGUUGUGAGAUUUGAAAACCGUAGCGGAUUCUUAGAAAUACUUUUAAAUUGUUUUACAAUAAUAACAAAGCUAGCAGUGAGAGAUAAGAAAGUUGCCACUAAGGCACGAUUAACUGGCGCUUUACAGGUUUUAAUUAAUUUGGUACGGGAACGUUCAACGUACUAUAGAAGUAUUAUACCAAUUGUUCAUGUUCUAAAACUUUGUUCGGCCAGCGCACUAAAUUCGUCUUAUAUGGGAAAAGAGAAUAUCCUAGUUACGUUAAUGAAAAUUGUAAAUGGCUGCGGACAAAAGUAUACUAUGCUUCUCAAGUUCACUUUAGAAACUAUAUCAGUCUUGGUUAAGAAUAAGAAUAAUGCUGCUAGAUUAGUUGGCGGUGACGCCCUACCCACUCUGUUAAACUUGUUUGUUUUUUGGCAAAAGUACGAAAAUACUAAACCAAGAUUUAAUGCUAUUCGAAAAGGUCUAUUGAGAAUAUUUAAACGUGUUGCUAUGCUAAAACAAGCCCGAUGUAUUUUAAAUAGUUGUGGAGCUUUGGAAAUCCUCUCGGACAUUUACGAAACUUCCGAUUCAAACGGGAUGCUUUUAUCUUUAAUUCUUCGCCGAUUAAUACCUAGAAUUAAAGUUUGCUCUUAUCCGGUACAACGUUAUAACCUUCCCGAGAAUAAUGACGAAGAUGAUCCUGAAGUCGAAACACCUUUAUAUAAUAUAUCUCUUAAUUGGAAUGAUGUUAAAAAUUAUAGUGUAUUCUUCCCUGAACUUACUGAUUUUGAAUGUUUUGCCGAUAUAUCUGGUCCUGGUCCAAAUACUAGUACAUCGGAUGAUGAUUUCGAAGUAUCUACAUCCGCAUUUUCAACAGCCAAAUAUGAUUUUCGCGUUGAUCCUGAAGAUUACUCUAGAAUAUCUAAAUAUGCAAAAUCAGUUGACGAAUUUAAUAAACUGGCUUAUCCCGAUAUGUAUGGUCAUUUACGUUCAAACGAUGAAAAUCUAUUAAAUAGAAAAGAAAGUGCCUUUAAACGACGUAUUUUAUCGGAUGUUAAAAGGGUUUUUGACGAAGAAUUGAUGAAUAAAUUGAUUUAUAAUGUAGAAGAAUUAACAACAACAACACUGUCUUCAUCUUCUGCUAGUGAAUUGGGUAAUAAUGAUAUUCAACGAAUUCUAUCCGAACGUAAUCAUGGUUUUGGUUCAAACGAAUUAGAAUUUAAUUCAAGAUUCGAAAGUGGUAAUUUAAAGAAAGUUAUUAAAAUUAGAGACUAUGAAUAUGAUUUGUUCCUAAAUUCUGAUGUAAAUACCAAUUCUCAUCAUCAAUGGUUCUAUUUUGAAGUUAGAAACAUGUCAGCUAAAACAACUUAUACAUUUAAUUUAGUUAAUUUCGAAAAGUUAAAUAGUCAAUUUAACUUUGGUAUGCAACCAGUUCUUUUCUCCGUAAAGGAGAGUUUAAAGGAUGGGAAACCUAUGUGGAAGAGAUGCGGUACAAAUAUUUUCUAUUAUAAGAAUCAUUACGAAUAUCAAGUUGGUUCGGAUUCGAGAAACUAUUUUACGGCAUCUUUUCAAAUAGAAUUUCCAUUCGAGAACGAUGUCUGCUAUUUAGCUUACCACUACCCUUACACUUAUACCUACCUUCGCACUAAUUUAGAGUAUUGGAGAGAGAGAUCUUGCAAGAAUGAUAAUAUUUACUUUAGAAUUAAUAAACUUUGCGAAACUCUUGGUGGAAAUGACUGCCCAGUUGUUACCAUAACUGCCCCGCCUAGAACAAAAGAUAGCCUUGGUCUUGAAGAAUUUCUUUCCCGUCCAUACAUAUUUCUAUCGGGUAGAGUACAUCCUGGAGAGAGUAACGCUAGUUGGGUCAUGCAUGGCCUAAUAGAUUAUUUGCUAUCCGAUGUAGCUCAACUUGUACGUGAGAGCUUCAUUUUUAAGAUUGUUCCGAUGCUGAAUCCGGAUGGUGUUAUAAACGGUAACUAUAGAUGUGGUUUAGGAGGUGAAGACCUAAAUAGACAUUGGAUUAAUCCUACAAAUCUUCAACCAACAAUUAAAGCGACAAAAUCCCUAAUACAUUAUCUGGUAGCUGUAAAUAAGAAACCUCUUGUCUUUUGCGAUCUUCACGGCCAUUCUAGAAGGAAAAAUGUCUUCCUAUUCGGUUGCAAUCCGAAAGAAAGCUGGAUUAGCCCAGACGUAUUUAAUCCAGCUUUAAAAGAUCAAGGCUGGAAAACCUUGCCUAAUCUAUUAGACUAUUAUUCCCCUGCAUUUUCAUUAUCAAAUUGCGCUUUUACCGUUGAAAGACCAAAGGAAGGAAGCGCAAGAGUAGCCGUGUGGAGACAGUUUGGCAUUGUUAGAUCAUAUACAAUGGAAUCGACUUAUUGUGGAUUUGAUCAAGGUUCGAUGAAGAAUAAACAAGUUAAUACCAGUCAUUUGGCCUUUAUGGGAAGGAUAUUUGCUGAAUGUCUGUUGAAGUUACAAGACAAAGAGAAAUUUGCUAGCUCUCCACUGGAUCCGGAAGAAGAGAACAACGCUCCUCCUAAUGGUCUCGGUGACCUAGAUGACAGGGAGGACAGCGACCUGAUAUCCGAAGAAGAUUACGACGAUGAUUUUCUACUCGAGGUAGAAGACGACGAUGACAACGACAACGAUGAUGACAUCUAUCUCAAAUAGAGAAGGAGAGAAGUCAAACUCUUACUGUGUUACGAUACAAGUGCCUAAAAAAAAAAGAAAAAAAAACAGAGAAAACAUUAAAAAAUCCUAAAUAUUAACCUUUUAAGUUAGUUAAAUCAAUUCAUUUAACAAAAAGAAGAAGAAGGAGAAAAAAAGCAUUAUUGUAUCUCAAAAAAUUAGCUGCUCAAAUUAUUUUCAUUUAAAAGAAAAGUAAAAAACAAGGCAAAUUAGAUUCCAAAAAAAAACAAAUGCUUGAAAUUAUGUUUAUUGUAUUCAUUAUCUCUCUCUCUCUCUCUCUGUCUCUCUCUCUCUCUCUCUCUCUCAUUCAUUCGUUAUCUAUAAGAAAAUCUUCCCUUUUGUGAAAAGAAGGGAUAAAUCUUAUGAGGCUUUCUUUUAAAAGCAUAUUCCAUUUAAAACUGAUUGAUUUUGCCAUAUUGUUUGAUUUUAUUCUUGUUUCACCUUUAUUGUUCUCAAUUCAUUUUGAAGAAUUAUUGCUUAUAUAAGACUUUUAUUAUUGAUAAAACCAUUAUAAUGAUGAUCUCUCUAUUUAAUUCAUUACAGUUAUAUAUAUAUAUAUAUAUAAUUUUAGGAACUUAUGCUAUUUCUAUUUUGUCAAUUUGCUUAUUUCUUUGUCUUUCUGUCUUUUUAGUUAUUUUUAAGCCGUUUCUUUUUACUAAGAGAGGUGUGAAUGGAAUUCUACAUUUGAUUACUCUUUCCUGAUAAGUCCGUUCCCUCGCCUACUACUCCAACUAUUAUCUUCUCCCUAAUUUUUAUCAAGUGUCGGUGUACUUGGUUUAUCUUGUUAUUUACAUGUUUUAGAUAGUCAUAUUUUAAGUCUUACAAAAGAUCCUCUUUCGUUUUUAACUGCUUUAAUACGAAACUAAUCAUGAAUUGAUAUAACUUUAAAAAUAUAUUUAAAUGUGAUCAGACUUGCAACUGACCAAACAAAAAAUUGUACUUUAUUGAUUGUUUUUAUUUAUUUUUUGACCUAAUUUUUUUAAUUUGAAUAUAAUAAAUUAGAAA